CGGCACAGUUUCUUUCUUAUACUUCUUUAGAGUAAAGCCCCCCAUGUCUCGGUUCGCUGUUGCAGGAUGUCGUAAACCUUGAGGCAUACCCCGAGACCUCGCUUUCGCGAUGGCGUCGAAAAGUAAGACCACGGCCCGGACCGCCUGGUCUUUUGAUGAAUUUCGGACAUUUUUGGCUUUUGCCCUGCUAGGUCUAGCCAACACGAUCCUACCAUUCCUUAUCCACGCCGCAAACUAUCUCAUAAUUCCUUACCCACGGCACAUCGUCAUUCUCAUCGAGGUCGCGCCGGUACUCCUCACCAAGCUAACGCUACCAUUCAUCAUCCACCGCAUUCCUUGCCGAAUCCGGCCGCUUCUCGUCGCGGUAGUAUGGGUUAUUCUCAAGCGAAUUGCAGAUGAUACGCCGCCGAAUGUACCUCCGCCGACACGAAUUGCGACGACUAUGAUUGCAUCGGCUGCAUCCGCAGCGAUGGAGGUGUCGUCUAUCGGGAUGAUAGGGCACGCCGGGCUUCCGGGUCUCGCGGGGUGGGGCUUCGGUACCGGGGCGGGGUCGCUGGAGAACGCCAUAUGGCCGUUCAUGCUGACGUACGGGGCCGGGAAGCUUUUGCGCAGCGCUACGACGUAUAUAUACUACGCUGUGGCUCUGCUUCUGGUGGCUCACUUUCUCGUAUUACCUCAACGAUUCUCAAAGAGGGGUACGAAGAACGCGCGAGGGAAGCAACGUGAGGAUGCCAGUGCCGAGGAAGGACAAAUCUUCUUGUGGCAUGACGGCAGCCGAUCGAGAACCGCUAAUCCGAGUAACGAGCGCAGUGGCCUUCAGAUAUUCUGCAGUCUCAUACAAUCAGAGAUGUUGCCUCUCUUCAUAGCAUCCGCAGCGAUGUCUCUGUCACAGUACGGCCUCGCCAGGCCGCUCGACGGAUCGGCCUUUGAGACAUUUGCCCACUUUUACACCACAUAUGGCAUGGCUCUUCAUCUAGGGGUAUGGAUCGGACGGUCUUCGCUCCAGUUUCUCCCGGUGCGGAAUCUCAGACUGCACAUGACUGCUCUGUGCGUCUGGACGAUGCUUGCAUUCUUCAACGCCGUGUUCCUCAUUUCGCCGCACCUGGCCUUUUUUCUGGUCUUCUUAAUCGGUCUAGCGGCGGGAUCUGUGUAUGUGAAUGUCCUGGCAAGGCUAGUUGGAGAGGGGAGGGAAACGGCUGCUAGGGAGGUUAGUCUUGGGUUUGUUACUGCUGGCGAUGCGGGGGGUUUGCUUGUUGGUGGCGUGGUGGGUUCUCUUCUCGAGAUGGCGAUGUGUCGCUCGCUUGUCGAUGGCAAACGGUGGUGCCAUAAAGCCCGGUAGAGAGGUG